CAGAAGACCGCGACGGGCAUCAACGCGAAAUGGAAGAAAAGCAAGUUCGCUAUGAAAAAAUAGAGUUCUUAGGGGAAGGACAGUUUGCUACAGUUUACAAGGCUAAAGAUUAUAAAACAGGCAAUAUUGUUGCUGUGAAAAAGAUCAAGGUAGGGACGCGGGCUGAAGUAGCAGAUGGAAUCAACAGAACGGCCCUCCGAGAAAUCAAACUGCUCCAGGAGCUCAGCCAUACACACAUCAUAGGACUUCUUGAUGUCUUUGGGCAUCGGUCAAAUGUCAGUCUUGUUUUUGAUUUUAUGGAGACAGAUUUAGAGAUUGUUAUAAAAGAUAAUGAGAUUGUUCUAACCCCAGGACAUAUAAAGUCAUACAUAUUGCAGACUUUGAAAGGUUUGGAGUACCUACAUUCUCACUGGAUAUUACACAGAGAUCUGAAGCCAAACAAUUUACUUAUCAAUCAGCAAGGUAUACUUAAGCUUGGUGAUUUUGGUCUGGCAAAGUUUUAUGGAUCUCCUACAAGGAUUUAUACACAUCAAGUGGUAACAAGAUGGUACCGGUGUCCAGAGUUGUUGUUUGGUGCCCGUCAGUAUGGUACAGGAGUAGAUAUGUGGGCUGUUGGAUGUAUCCUUGCUGAACUCUUACGGCGGGUACCUUUCCUGCCAGGAGAUACAGAUUUGGAUCAGCUGAGCAGGAUAUUCCAGACACUGGGCACACCCAAUGACGAAGUCUGGCCUAACAUGGUUGAUCUACCAGACUAUGUGCAAUUCAAGGACUUCCCUGGCACGCCGCUACGUGAGAUUUUUAUCGCAGCAUCAAAUGAUUUGUUGGAGCUCUUGUCAAAACUUCUCAAUAUGGACCCACUAAAGAGAUGCACAGCCACACAGGCAUUGCAGAUGGACUAUUUUAUAAUGAAGCCACACCCUACUCCAGGACAUCUACUUCCUAUGCCUGGUAGUAACAAAAUCAAAGACCAGAACCAACUUGAUAAUAGAUUUAGCCUCAAACGCAAACUUCAAGGUGAUACAGGUGGUUUAGUGAAGAGGUUGGUGUUUUAAAGGAACAUGGAGGGAAAGUACCACAGAUGGUUGGAGUGAUUUUACUGGUAAAAUAUUGUCAAACAAGAAACACUUCACUAUAUUUACAAAUUGUACUGAUUUUUGAUGUAAAGUUCAUAAGAAGAUUCCUUAAUUAAAGGAAAAAUGAAAAUUUGCUGAUUUUUUUUGUUUGACAAUAUUUAGGUGGAGAUUGGAUGCAUUGAAAGGGAGUGUGACAUUGUAACUGUUACUUUGUGGGUGAGCAAAUGUGUGUGACAUUGUGAGUGAGUGUGACAUUGUGAGUGAGUGUGACAUUGUGAGUGAGUGUGACAUUGUGAGCUAUAGCGAGUGUGUGUGACAUUGUCAUCCUCAUUAUUUUAUUUAUUACACCUAUCACUUGUUGAUCAUUUUCUGCACGUUGUUACAGAUAUGUGGACAAAUGGAAGAUUGUUUUGUUAUAUUUACCUUGUGACUUCAGGUUGUGAAAACUAAACAUUUUUCUCACUAGGAAAUUACUGUUCCAAUAAGUCGAAAAAAAUAAACAUUAUACAGUAUCCCAUGGAUUGUACUGUCAAACUCUCUUUCAUAUUUAAGCAUUUUCAAAUUAAAUUUUCUGGAACAAACAUUUGCAUUGCUGCAGAUAAGCAUAAAAAAAUAUACAAAUUUGUACGGAACGAAAUAUUGACAAGCCAUAUUCGAUGAUGGUUUCACUCUAUUUGUAUCGGGCAUUUCUGUCAGACAGAUUUCAGUAAUAUAUAUACAACUAAAAGUUUUAAUUUUAUAUACAAAAUGUAUGUCACUAGGUAAAUAUGAUAUUAGUGUAAAUAAAAAGUUUCUAUGGGCUUGACCAAGACUCUGGAAUUCUAUUUGUGAGCUCUGGUGAGAUUUGCUAUUCCAGGAACCAGGGUGUUUCAGCUUAAAGUUUUGAUGUAAUCUGGUCCUUGUUUUUGCUUUAAACCAGAUCUGAAAAGAAAAUUUCAAUAAAAUGACAAGCUUGUGUCCAGUUCUGUAACAAUAGAAGGUUUUGCUCUUACACAGUAAUAUUACAUUAUACUUUUACUCAUAAUAAUACUGUGGGCUCUCAUAAUGACUCAAGAAUAUUAAUAACCUUGCGAUGACUCAAAAAUGCUAAUAACAACAGGCAGUUUUUGUUACAUCACUCAUUGCUUAAGAAGUCAGUUAUGAGUUAUGAUGUUACACAAUAUUGUUAAAACCAUGGCCCUAUAAGGAACUUUCAAAGACUCACAGAUAUGACUGGUCGAAUUCUCGGACUUGCCCCAGUAAACUUAGUAUUUUUUACACAAAAGUAUGUUUCAUGUUAUAAGAGCUGUUUGAAAAAGGAGAGCAUGUCUCUUUAAUGAUCAUCUCUUCUUUGUAGAAAGGAGAACAUGUCUCUUUAAUGAUAAUCUCUUCUUUGUAGAAAGGAGAACAUGUCUCUUUAAUGAUCAUCAUCUCUUAUUUGUAAAAAGAACAUGUCUCUUUAAUGAUCAUCUUUGUAAAGGCAUUAUUAGUUUCUGUUAUUAUUAGAGGUUAUUGUAACAAAUAUGCAUUGAAAUAAAACAUAUUUUACUUGUUAUCCUACCUAUUCCAUGAAUAGGAGGCUGAUGUAUGUUGUUGUUGGAUACGAUAGCUCAGGCAUUGGUGAUCGUUAAAGUAUGUUGCAGUAUGGCCUUCAAAAUAUUUACUAGGAUAUUAAUAUUAGGUAGGUACAAUAUGUAUAUAGAUUUCCUAGGGUUCCAGCAUUAAUGCAGUUCAGAUAAGCAAAACUAUUUUUUGUCCUGUUUUGAAUUUUAUUUUUGUUCAAAUUGAUGAAAUUGGACAAAUAUUUGAAGUAGAAAAAUGUUUGGUACAGAAUUUUACAAUGUGUCAAAUCUUGUUUUAUAUAUGUAAAAAGAAAACUAAUGAGAUCAAACUCUUUCGGAAAAUUUUCUGACAAAAUGCAGUAAAGUAUAUCUUAUCUACUCCUGUGAUUAAUCUAUUUUUCAGAAUUUUCUGAUUCCAUAUACUAACAUGUAAAAUUCUGUCAACAAAAACAAUGGACCUAAGUAAUUAGUUCUUUACUGCAAAAUAUGUUUGUAGCAAACGAUAUGAAUAUUAAUGAUAGAAUAAUGAACAUAUUUUACCAUAUUUAUCAUGAGAUAGAGCCAAAGUUUGUGAUGUAGUAUAUGUUACAGUGCCAUUGAAUUUCCAAACUACUUACAUUGCACUUGUACAAAUGUAUCUUGUAACCAAACUGUGAUGUGAAUUGUUUACCAAUUACAGUGUAGUUCAGAAUACUGUCACUUCCAAAAUAUUUUUGAAAGAUUUUCUUUUAAAUAUUUAAAAUGAAUACUGAAUUUAUUAUUUUGUAUCUUUCCGUGAUUCUGAAAUUUAUUUUGAUAAUUAACAACUGAGCCAAAAGCGUUGCGAUAUUAUAUCAUUGUUCAUUGACUUAAACAGUGAUUGUCAUGUAUUUCUGGAUGUACAAACUUAAAGGUAUUUAUCUAUAAAAUUAUGAAGCCAUUCCUAAUCUUCGUAACACUGCUUUGGAAUUAGCAAACACACACCGAAUCAGAGUGAAAUUCCUGCAGAUCAGGCUAGUUGAUUUAUGUCUUUAAGAAUACAUAAUACAUAUUCUUUACCUAAAAAAUUAAAAACAAAACAAAAAAACAAACUUAACACAGUAAUUGUUUACUUCCUCACAAGAUUUGUUCACAUAUUCCUGUUUUUAUCACAUUGUCUUCACUGCCUUUGAUAAUACUUGUCAGAUGAGAUUGGUUUUGAUAAAUUUUCAAACAUGACCUUCUUACUUUCAGUAACAAAAGUUUUGCCGUUUUAUUUUUGGUAUAGUAUAUUAACUAUCAAUACUUAAGAGGGAAUGAUUUAAAGUUCCUAUAAAGGGACAUUUGUUACAUUUCAUGAAGGCUAUGCCAUUCUGGAUUUCCAUACUUUCGCUUUAAUUAGAAUAAAGAACAAAAAUAUUUUUGUUUUAGUAUAAGGAUUCUGCGAAGUACACCUGUGUUGAUUUUUACCUCACCGAAUCUAUGCUGUCACACGGAUGCAAUUGUUUUGUUAUUAUUUAUUCUGUUUUUUUUUUAAUUUGCACUUUGUUAAAAUGUGAGUUCCUUUCUAGUUAAGCCAGUAUUUGGUUGGUGUCUUUAGAAUCUUGCCUCUUGAACGAUAUUGUAACAUUAUUAUCUGAACUAUAGUGCUCUUUUUGAUAUAAUUACAAGUAUUAAAAGAAUUAUGUUGAUAGAUUGACAAAAUCACAUUUAUAUGUUUAUUUUAGUUUCUAAAACAAUUAUCAUAAUGUAGGACAAUAUGUUCCUAUUCUUUACUAGUAUAUAGCCAUGUGACUUGUGACUUUUGUAAGGAGAAAAAGAUUGAAAAUAUUUGACUACAGUUAAACUUCAUUAUCUAGGACUUGGAUAAUUCCAAGACCCUGCAUAAAUCAAAUGAAGAAUUCAGUCCUGAGAGUAAAAUAUACUCGCUUACCUUAAAUACUCGGUAUAUGUCAAAGUUUUUUCAUGACUUCACCUACUCCGAGAUACUAAAGUUUGACUGUUGCUAUCAUGCAAUUUUUUCUACAACGAAAAUACCUAUGUUGAUUAUGUAUGAUCAUUGAGAUAUGUAAAACAGUUUAUGUGCAAUUAAGUGUACAGUGUACGUUUCAAAUGGAUGCGUCGUCUGUACAGUGUGCGUUUGAAAUGGAUACGUCGUCUGUACAGUGUAUGAUACAUUGUCUGUACAGUGUACGUUUGAAAUGGAUGUGUCUGUACAGUGUACGUUUGAAAUGGAUGCGUCGUCUGUACAGUGUGCGUUUGAAAUGGAUACGUCGUCUGUACAGUGUAUGAUACGUCGUCUGUACAGUGUACGUUUGAAAUGGAUGCGUCGUCUGUACAGUGUAUGAUACAUUGUCUGUACAGUGUGCGUUUGAAAUGGAUGCGUUGUCUGUACAGUGUACGUUUGAAAUGGAUGCGUCGUCUGUACAGUGUACGUUUGAAAUGGAUACGUUGUCUGUACAGUGUACGAUACAUUGUCUGUACAGUGUAUGAUACAUUGUCUGUACAGUGUAUGAUACAUCGUCUGUACAGUGUAUGAUACAUCGUCUGUACAGUGUAUGAUACAUCGUCUGUACAGUGUAUGAUACAUCGUAUGUACAGUGUAAGAUACAUCGUCUACAGUGUAUGAUGCAUCGUCUGUACAGUGUAUGAUACAUCGUCUGUACAGUGUAUGAUACAUCGUCUGUACAGUGUAUGAUACAUCGUCUGUACAGUGUAAGAUACAUCGUCUGUACAGUGUAUGAUACAUUGUCUGUACAGUGUGCGUUUGAAAUGGAUGCGUUGUCUGUACAGUGUAUGUUUGAAAUGGAUGCGUCGUCUGUACAGUGUACGUUUGAAAUGGAUAUGUUGUCUGUACAGUGUAUGAUACAUUGUGUGUACAGUGUAUGAUACAUCGUCUGUACAGUGUAUGAUACAUCGUCUGUACAGUGUAUGAUACAUCGUCUGUACAGUGUAAGAUACAUCGUCUACAGUGUAUGAUGCAUCGUCUGUACAGUGUAUGAAACAUUGUCUGUGCAGUGUAUGUUUGAAAUGGAUACAUCAUCUGUACAUCAAUUUUCGAAAGGGUAACACUCAUGGCACACCAACCCAGACAGAAAAUGUUCCAACAUUUGGUUAUGGAUUUUAUUUGAAACUUUAAAAUAGAAAUUUCUUUAAAGUACAAUAUUCUUCACUCAGCAAUGUCCAGACUAACUCGUUCUUAAUACUCCAUUGGUAACAUUCACUUUCGCUCUUUUCACAGAGCGAAAUUAAAAGUAUUCCCAGAAGUAUUGAGGAGGGACUACAUGUAACUGGAUGAAUGAAAUGAUAAAUAGGCUAACUUCUAUGGGUUUUCUUUUAGAGAAGAAUGUUGUUUAUGAUUAUGUUGAGCAAUGAAGGCAAGUUAGCAUUAUACAUUAAGUCAAUUGUAGCAAUUUUUGCACAGAAUAUGCAACCGAAGCUAUUCUUGUAUGUGGAUAAGACAGCAGAAUCCAAAUAAAAGUCUUACAAACUAUA